AGUCUUGUCAUGGCUGCCUGAAGCUGAUUAUGAGGUGGCCGGCGGUUUGUUGUCAAGACUGAAUCGUAAUCGUGCUCGCUGUUAUGUAGGGAUCGGAUCGUCAGCGUCUUUCGCGUCUCCAUCAAUUUCCAUCCGGAGAAUAAGAACGUCCAUCUGUAGCGCUUGGGGCCAGGGACGCGUUGAACGCCACAAUCCGUAGCGCGGCGGGCGCGGCCGCGUAUAAUGAGCAAGAAGAAGGAAAGCGUUGACGAUGAGGACAAGUGGCGUUGGCGUCCUCCGCCCAGAGGACUUGUCGCCGACGCUUACACGCUAUGUGAAACGUGGAAGACGGAAGGGACGUGCCGCUACGGUGUCCAGUGCGUCGAAGCGCACGGCGAAGAGGAGCUGGAGGAAUGGCGGCAGCGUUUCGAAGAAAGGAAAGCACGCUUGGCCACUGCCACCUACAUCGAGAACCUCUUGGAUAAAUGGAAUACCUCUGAUGACAAAUCGAGCGUCAUUGCUGAAAAGAUUCCAGCCGGGGUGUUAUCCUUAACAUGCGAAGAUCUAGCCAACGUCGUGGCCGCCAGUAAGCAUAGCAAGACCUCUUGGACCAUAUCGGCACAAACAACUGGAAAGACCAGAUUGAGAGCAGUUGCCCUUCUUCAAGAUAGUUGCAGAGAGCACUUUCGAUUGGCAGAAGUUCAGAUUCGCUUGGGAAAUAAUCCGGUAAAUUUAUUUCGACCUAACACCAAUCAAGACUGGAAAGUUCCUGACUUAGCCUACAAGAACAUGAAACCUGAGGGAAAAAUCCACUACAAGAUAAAAGCAGUAUUUUCCACCGAUAUAUAUGGCACAUUUCGUCAAUCAAUUGUAUUUGACUUUGGUUCCUUUCCUGUAACUGUUAAGCAUGUGAGUGUAGAAGUGGUACCAGGACCUGGAAAAUCUGAAGAAGGAGAUUCAAUUGAAGCCGAUCCCGAAGAAGAGCAAGAGCGGCUGGCCGAGGUCAGGAGUUUGGUGGUUAGUUCAGCGGGCCGCUGGACUGAUGGAGUUAAUGCCACCGUCAUUCCAUUUUCAUCUGACGCCUACAAGUGUCUGCCCCUGACCCAACAACCAAGACAUGCUCUCACGGAAAUUGAACAAGAGCUGCUUGCAGCUUAUCCUGUGCCCCAACCAAGCGAAUUCCUUGUUUCUCACGCUGUCAUGGAUCGACAGGUCACAGCUUUAAAUUUUACGGACAGAAUGCAUCAACUUCUUUUCAUAGAGGAGCUUGCGAGGAACGAUUUGGUUUCGCAUUUCAAUGUCGAGGUCAAGUUACUUUUGACUUCAAGCUAUCUUCUGUCCACCUCAUCAGCUCCAGGAAGUGGCGGUGGUGGGGGAGGAACAGCAAAGUAUGCGCCGCCUGGUGAGCUCUACGCACAAUUAUCUCUCAGCAAAGACAUUUCGGAAGAUACCUGCUCUGGGAGGUUGAUUCUCAAUAACUGCACUUCAAUCUACAUCUCUGCUGCAGAUGAAAAAGAAAGACUUAAAGAUGUGAAACGAACUGUCUAUGAGGCUGUUAUUGAAGACAAAGGAAGAAGUAUGGUUUACCUGCGUCUUCCUCUGGGUUUGGUGAAACACUUCAAUCUCAAAGCGGACAUGGAUUUCCCUGCGGAUGUUCAGUUCCAAUUAAACCGAGUUCCUUUCUGUGAAUGGCAUCGAGCUGUUGAUCAAAUGAAGUCGAAUAUUCGACUUAUUUUUCCUGAAACUUUGAGGACUCCAAGCAUUCCGUGGACACCGCAAAGGCAGUGGAAUGACAAUUUGGACUCGAGGCUUAACCCUAAGCAGAGAGAAGCAGUAGUUGCCAUCACGACGCCAGUUGAAACUCCGUUGCCUCCCAUUCUUUUAAUUGGCCCAUUUGGCACUGGCAAGACAUACACCCUGGCUCAAGCGAUCAAACAAAUCCUGAUGCAGCCAAAUACAAAAGUCUUAGUGUGCACACAUUCCAACAGCGCUGCUGAUCUGUACAUCAAAGACUACCUUCAUCCUUAUGUGCUGGAAGGGCAUGAAGAAGCUCGGCCGUUGAGGAUUUACUACACAAGACGAUGGGUGACAACAGUGAACCAAAUAGUGCAAAAGUACUGCUUGAUUGACGUGUCAGAGACAGAGAGAACGUUCAGGAGCCCAUCUGUUGAAGACAUUGAUAGGCAUAGGGUUAUUGUUGUAACAUUGAGCAUUUCAAUGCAUUUGUCGAGCAUUGGUCUGAAGAAGGGACACUUCACACACAUUCUGUUGGAUGAAGCAGCUCAGGCAAUGGAGUGUGAGGCCAUCAUGCCCCUAGCAAUCGCUGAUGAAAAAACCAGGAUUGUGCUUGCUGGAGACCACAUGCAGUUAAGUCCUGAAGUUCAUUCGCCUUUCGCAAGAGAAAAAGGAUUGCAUUAUUCAUUAUUGGAGCGACUAUAUGACCAUUACCCUCCAAACUUCCCUUGCAAGAUCCUGCUGUGUGAAAACUACAGAGCUCACGAAGCUAUUAUAAAUUUCACAUCAGAGCUCUUCUAUGACCAGAAGCUAAUUAGUGGUGGCCAUCAGCCUCGGCAUGAGAAGCAUUACCCUCUGACGUUUUACACAACAAGAGGAGAGGAUGUCCAGGAUCAGAACAGCACAGCAUACUUUAACAAUGCAGAGGUUUAUGAAAUUGUGGAACGAGUGGCAGAGCUGCGAAAAAAGUGGCCCAAAGAGUGGGGUCGCUUAGAUGAGCACAGCAUUGGAGUGAUGACUCCCUACGCUGAUCAAGUAUUCCGAAUUAGAGCUGAACUCCGCAAGAGGCGAAUGGGAGGGACAUCAGUAGAAAGAGUUCUGAAUGUUCAAGGAAAGCAAUUCCGGGCUGUAUUUUUGAGCACGGUGCGAACGAGAAACACAUGUAAAACUGGUACAAAAGAAGCUUCUGCUGAAGAUGUGGAUUAUGGGUUUCUUUCAAACUCGAAACUCUUGAACACUGCUAUCACCCGAGCUCAGAGCUUGGUUGCCGUAAUUGGCGACCCAGUGGCACUAUGUUCCAUCGGCCGUUGCAGGAAAGUGUGGGAGCGAUUCAUCAACAUCUGCCACCAGAACCGGAGCUUGCAUGGCAUCACUUGGGCUAAUCUGCGUGCGCAGCUGGAUGGAGUAGAAAUGAGAUGCACUUACACCCUGAAUCCUCUUGCGCCCGAGUUUGUGCCGAGACAGAUGCAGUCGGAAGCUGCUGCCAGCAAACCAAUGCCUAAUGUAUUUACCGGAGCCAACUUGAACUACAAUCAAAUGCCCAUGACAACCCCGUCGAAUUUGUCCUAUGCCCAAAUGUUCUACAUGAAUCCACAGAUGUUCAUGUCGCCUCAGAUGAUGUACCCGCCGACUCCGUGGAAGCCCCGAGUGAAUCCGCCUCCGCCGCAAAGAGCGCCAAUCAUCAGACAACCUGCUCCACCAAACUUCUUCCCUCCACCGUACCCAGGCCAACCGCCCAGGAUGCCUCCUCAGAUGCCUGGAAUGAGACCCCAGCCGAUGCACCCUCCUAUGGCUCAACCCCAUGCUGCCCCACAGCCACCGCCACCACCUAGAGUACCAGUCCAGCAGAGGAUCAUGCCACCAGAGAGGGUUGGGGGUGCAAACCCUGAGACUGACCAGCUCAAGCAGAUCCAGUUCCUGAGCAACGUGCAUUUCCCACCUGAGAGGCAUCCCUCGCCAGCCAGUAGUGCGAACAGCUGGGAGACAAACUCAAUGAUGUCUGAGAAAAUCAUUCCAAGACGCAUGUACCCGGCUGUACAACAGCAACCCAUCAGACCAAUGCCCCAUCAUCCAGGUGUUGCACCGCCGCCUCCUGUCAGUACUCCUCAAAGAGUGUCGCAAAUGCAAGCUCUCCUUCCUCCCAACUAUACCCUUGAAAUGAUGUUAGUCGACACAACGGCACAAUAUGAAUGGCAUAGACAUCUGAUUGAAACAUGCGGGCCUGAAAUUGGCGCCAAGUUCGUUGAAAUGAUUGUGUCUGCAAACAACAAGAAGAAAGUUUUGCCUGAGGUCAAGACCAGCAUACCACAGCUGCAACCCAUGGUGCAGCAGAUGCCGCCGCAACACAUUGCACACAACCGCCAGCCGCAGAUGAUGCCACCAGUGACGCACAUCAUGUCGCCAACCGCUAUGUCCACGCCCAUGAGCCACCAGCAUCUUAUGCCCAUGCAAGGCGCAGCCUCUCACCAACAGCAACUCUCACCGAUGACCCAGCACAAACAGAAUGAAGUGGUGGAAGACGUGGUUCGGUCUUUGGACAAGUUGUUGGCUUCCUCCUCAAUAGCGGAAAAAGCGAAAAUGAUAAACAACAUGCCUGACCGAAUACCACUGCCUCCCCAGUUUGAAAACCAAUAUGUGAACCGAAUGCCUGCUGCCCCUAUGAAAAUGCCUCUUGAAUUCCACAACGGAAACAAUCUUCCUAUUCAGAUGGAGUCAAUGGACAUGUUCAAUGACGACCCAAUCCCACUACCCCCCGAUUUCAGGAGAAGAGAAAUGGAAAGAAUGCAGCAUCUUGGAGGCGGCAUGAGCGACAUGCCUCCUUUAACGCGCAGCAGGCUUUUCCAUUUGCAGCAAAGGGAAGAGCCUGUGAACAGAGUCGACAGCUGGUUGAAUUCAACCCCAAUGCCGUCAACAGCAUCACGCCUGUCGAGACUGGAAAGCACGUACACUCACGCCCCAGACAGACUGGUGGAUAGGAUCUUCAGUGCUCCGAGUCCACCGCACCCCGACCAUGAACAACCAUCUGGAAAUUCUGAGAUCGUUGAGCAGCCUACAACUCCCACGUUGAGUUAUGCUAGCGUGCUGAGACAGAAACCGCAACCAAACAUGGUCAAUCCCAUGCCGAAAGAAUCUUUGUUGGAGAACCCUUUUGCGGUAUUGAGAGAGUUAGGUACCCGCAGUUCUAGCCAGCUACAAAGUAAUAGUAACCUGCCUUACCAUUACUACAACCACAAUUAAACUUGCAGCUUGAAUGUUAACUAAUUCGGGAUUUUUGCAUUUGUUGAGGAUGUUUUAAAAAUGUUUUAAAAAUUGAAGAAAUCAGCAUGCAACAUUUUCCACAUUAA